AUGGACCGGGCCCUGUUUUGCUGCUCUUAUCUCUCCCCAGUCCAGACUCACGCACGGAGAGGGAGGGGCCACGACCACAACAGAAGGAGGAGCUACCGGGUGAGUGACUGUGGGGCCUCCUCCGGGUGCUACUGGAAACGAAGGUCGUGCCAGAAAGUGCAACAACAACAAUCACGGAACGUCAUACGUCACAGCAGCGACCAUGUGGGACACAGCGACCAUGUGGGACACAGCUGCAAUGUGGGACACAGCGACCAUGUGGGACACAGCUACCAUGUGGGACACAGCGACCAUGUGGGACACAGCUGCAAUGUGGGACACAGCGACCAUGUGGGACACAGCUACCAUGUGGGACACAGCGACCAUGUGGGACACAGCUACCAUGUGGGACACAGCGACCAUGUGAGACACAGCUACCAUGUGGGACACAGCUACCAUGUGGGACACAGCGACCAUGUGGGACACAGCUGCAAUGUGGGACACAGCGACCAUGUGGGACACAGCUACCAUAUGAGACACAGCUACCAUGUGGGACACAGCUACCAUGUGGGACACAGCGACCAUGUGGGACACAGCGACCAUGUGGGACACAGCUACCAUGUGGGACACAGCGACCAUGUGAGACACAGCUACCAUGUGGGACACAGCUACCAUGUGGGACACAGCGACCAUGUGGGACACAGCUGCAAUGUGGGACACAGCGACCAUGUGGGACACAGCUACCAUGUGAGACACAGCUACCAUGUGGGACACAGCAACCAUGUGAGACACAGCUACCAUGUGGGACACAGCUCUGGUCAGAGCCCAAACACAAACGUGAAGUAUGACACAAACCUAUGA